ACUGCGGGACAAAAUUACGAAAUCCCUAACAAUUACCAAGCCUAUGUUCCAACGACACCCUCGCCAGAAAAUGUCAACUGUUACUUUGAAGUCCCCAUGGUGCAGACGGUUGGUGGACGAUGCGUCCGCUUCGGUCGCAGUCGCAGAUGGAGCUGUCAGUCAGGCAUCCACAUGGAAAUGAGUGAUGACUGCGAAAGGUUGAAUCGAAGGCCUGAACCAAGAAGACGAACCAGACCUCCGCGAAGUUAG